CCCGUGAAGAUGUGAUGCCAACAUCCUAUCUGCCCAUCCAUCAAUAUGGCAGACCCCGAAGAUGACCGCCGUGCUGUGGAGCUGGAACUCCUGUACGCCAUGUACCCCGACCAAAUUACCUUCACAGAAAAGUCCAGGGAACUCAAAUUCGCCCAAGAAACCGCUGCACUGAUCCUUCGUCUUCCAGAAAGUUAUCCCAGCUCUGGAUUCCCAGAAGUUGUAUCCGCAAGCGACACGUUCAAGACCGACCUGCGAAAUCGGAUGAAAGCCGGGAUUGCCAAUCUCGAGCUGGCAGAGGGCGAGGAAUCUCUGGACGCAAUCAUUGCCCAAUUCCUGGUUCUCCUGGAUCAAAAUAAGGCCACUCAUGAUCAAUUGCACACCGAUACCUACCGUGAGCGUAUCCCAGGCUCCAAAACCGUCGUUAUCUGGCUGCAUCAUCUCUUGGCGACUUCGAAGCGUAAAAUGGCACUCAAUCCCGCCAUUCCUGGGGUCUCUGGUAUCACCAAACCCGGAUACCCAGGCGUAAUGAUCUUUUCUGGGCCGGUGGCUGCAGUAAAUGAUCACGUGAACACGCUGAAGCAGGAGAACUGGCAAGCUUUCCAGGUGCGCUACGAGGAAGAGGGGCAGCUUUGGGAGUUUGAACAUCUGAGAGGGAUCAAAGAGGUGGAGACGAUGGGAGAGGUCGUCAGAAGCAUUGAAGUUGAUGGAGCGGGAAGAAAGGACGAGUUCCUUCAGGCUGUCGGGAUCAAAUGAGGCUGCGGAUGGUCGGAUCGGCUUUCAAUCCAUGUCUAUAGGUGCAGUACAUUAUCUGAGGCUCGUGUUCACUUUUAUGAUGCUACGCGGCUAGCUACACCGGGGUCUUAGGGAUCUGAACAGCAUGUUAGUCGCGCAACAAGGAGAUGACGGUAGACCACUUUCUCCUCUGGACCAACCCUUUGCGAAGGCAGAAAGAUCAUAGAGCUGGCAUUUAGCGAUCAGGAUGGAGAACGCAACGAAGUAGUCUUAUAAGCGGAGAAUCAGUGCACAUAGAGUCAUGAUUAAGAACUUUAUGAGGCUUCAUUCCGACCGGAAAGCACCGCGGUCCGAAUAUCUCGAACAUGGAACUCGUCAUCUAGUGGUAAAGCAAUCGAAGUACCAACCAAACACGUAA